UUUUUAUUAUUUUUGUGAAAAAUUGGUAUGCCAAUAACUGAUAUGUACAUAUUUGAAAUUUUUGUUAUUGGCAUAGGGUGCUUAUUAUUGAAAUGCACAUAAAAUGUAUUAAUUUAUUUAUUGGCCCUUACUUUAAAAAUUGUAGAACUUGAGUAAAAUUUGACUGUUAUUUAUUGAAAUGCCAAAAAAAAGGGAGAAUUGUUCUCAGUUCAAUUUGACUAAUGCUGCUGAAGCAGGCAAUGAAGGCAAGUCAAAAAAGUCAGCAGCAAACAAUUUUUCUGUAUCAAAAUCUACAUUACAAUAUAGACUUAAAAAUUCUGACCAAAAAGUUUUUUGUGAACCAGCUCCUGUAUUAUCUGUAUCUAUAUUUUAUAUGUUGAGUGAUAAAACAUAAGACUGUUUUAA